AUGGAAAAAACAAAAGGACCCACACCCAGCAAGAAAGCUGCAGCCAUGCGUGCAGCCAACUUGCAAAAAGCUGCAGCUCCAAGUCCUGCAACAUCGGAUGGCCAGCCUGUACAACAGGCCAAAUCUACUGCCUACAAGAAUCAAGUUUGGAUGGCAGAAAAGAGUACUAAUCGGAAACGUGCUGCAUCCAACAAUGCCAAAUCAGAACACAUCAAGAUGCCUCAAAUUGUGACAUCUGACGUGAAGUCCAACACCAAGGUUGUGUCUGCGUCUGAACUGUUUGACUCAGACAAUGACAUUGGUGCAUUAAGUGGCGAGUCUGACGAGCAUGGCACCGGUGACGACUCGGAUGACAAUUUAGAUGUGUCCGAUGAUGAUCUCAAAUCCCUCAAGGCGGACAAAAAGAAACUGAAAGAAGUACUGGAUCUUGAACAACCUCAAUUUGUAAAUUGUGCACGGUCCAAGAGCACUGGCUCUGAAUUUACUGAAGACACAAGUGAUACGCUUGUGACUGCCUCAAAUCUGAAACUUGUGCGAAUGCGCGAGGAGGAUUGGCCUUUGAGCAGCUGGAUUAUUUAUAGUACAUCAGGCAAGGUUAACCUAACAGAUCAGCAGGCCCGUAUGCAGGACAUGCUGCGCGCUUCUAUCACCCGCAUCCUCGAGUACCUUGUGUUCGAAAAUGCAUAUCCUGACUUGGAGCAUUGGUGGAAGAUUACGGGAGACAUUUUGCUCACAUGCACCGACGAUCAACCUGAAUUUGAGGCUGUCAGGUCACGACUAAUGAAGGAUGCGAAAUAUCCCAAAGGUCGUAUCAGCCAUUUCCGGAACAAUGGUCUCAUCAAAGGCGCUGACAUGAAGGUCACUGACCUCUUGAAAAAAAAAAUGUUCAUAUAUCCUGUCAACAGUAAGGAUGAACCGAUUCGAAGCAAGCCGUACCAGGCACCUGCCAUCCUGGACACCAUAGCGGAGGCCUUUUUUGUUGACGACACAAGUGUCGGAGUUAAAUUUCAUGAGAAAUUGGUGUCGACUGUCGAGGAUCGUCCGGAUGAGAGGGAGCUUCCAGUUGCUAUGGUUGCUCUCACAGGAACAGCGGUGCGCAGCGUCAUCAUGCAAUAUUCAUCUGAAAAAUACGACCGUGAUUUUAAUUGUGAAUUAUAUAGUGGGAUCUACAAAACACUCAUAGGUAUCCUGAACGGUAUCUUUGACACUAGUGAGCGCAAGUACCACGUACUGAUGCAUUCUGUCUAUAAAACUGUCUAUGGCUCCAAGGCCAAUGUGGUGUGCAAUCUUGAGACAGACGAGGCGUUGAUGUUCCUUGACAUUGAUGCAAUGCCAGAGUUGGAGGAGUAG